AUGGAAAAGGCGGAUAUUUCUUCAGAACAAGAAGAGAAUCCUCUUAAAAUCCAUGAUUGUAGUGUUUCAACGGAGAUUCUUGAAUUAAAAACUAAUUAUGAUGAAAAUAUUAUGACAUCCGAGAAAGAUAUAGCCAAAAUUAGGAAGAAAAAGAAAGUGAGACAACCUAAACAGAAAAAGAAAGAUAAAUAUUCUUUGAUAAACCCAUCUCCACAAGGUGAUUCAGUUCUUUCUUUUAAUCCGUAUAAAAAACCAGAAUUUACAGAAAAAUAUACACUUCUGGCACUACAAGAACUUAAUAUAGACCCAAUUCAACUACAAUAUCCAAGCAAUGAAGAAAUUUCCAAAAUAUCAUCUCGUAAAAGAUUAAUUCGCAUUACAAGAGAAAAAGAAUAUCAAAAACGUGAUCAACUAAUUGAGCUUGUUAAAUCAAAAAGAGAAGAAAUUAUUAGAUCUGAGAAUGUGACAAUCAAAUUAGAUAAUGCAGAUGAAGAUAGUAAAUCUAUAUUGGUACAAGGUAACAUUGAUUCUUCAUAUACAGAAAUAGCUGCAGCACCUAUAAUUGUAACAAUUAAUACAGAUGAUGGUUCCGAAACACUACAAAAUGAAUUUUCAAAUGAUCAAAAUGAUAUUGAUAAUUUAUUGUUUGAUGAUAUAUCUAAAAACGACAACGCAUCUAUAGUUGACGACUUUUUAAGACAGAAACUCAAAGAAAGAGAAAAGAGACGAGAAGAGAGGCUUCAAAAAAUAUUAGAUGAGAAAAAUAAAAAGGAAGAAGAAGUUAGAAAAUCUGCAUUAGAACGAAUCAAGAAAGAGAGUGAACAAAUAGAACAAAGUCGGAAGGAAAGAAAUAAUAAUGCAUAUAUUGUUGGUGUAGCAAGAGAAAUCAAACUUCUUUCAGCGAGGGAAAACUUGAAAGAAAUUGUCCAAUCAAGAGUUCAAAAGGUUCAUGCAUUAGAAGAGGAUUUACAUGCAAAAGAAGCAGCAGCAAUUCAAAGAGCGCAAAAUGAAAGGAAAAAAGAAGAGGAAAAGAUGGCUAAAAAACUUCAACAAGCAGAGGAACAAAGAAAAAUUGCUUUGAGCAAUCAACAGGAAUUCCAACAGAAAUUGCAAAAAGUUAUGGAAGAAAAGGAACAAUGUCUCAAACAGAGAUUAGUAGAAGUUACAAAUCAGAAAAAGCUUGAAGCUCAAGAGCAUAAAAUGAAAAUAAUGCAAAGAGCUGAACGAGCUGCUGCCUUAAGAAAGCAGCGUAGAGAAGAAAAAAUGAUGAAAUUACAAGAAAAAAUUAGAAAUGAUGAAGAAAGAGUCAGAAAAUCUGAUCAUGAAAGAAUAGAAAAACAAAUGAGUGGGGUUUUUAGAAGAUAUAGUACAUAG